UAAUCGAUAUUAAGACUGCCGUCUGUCUUAGUCUUAGAACAAAUAGUGUAAUGUGAGUUUAAGGUAGACUCUGUCAACAAGCCGCGCCGAUUUUGAUUUGACUUGGAUGCUUGGAUUUGACCCAUGGAUUUGACAUCUAAUAUGACAAUUGACAGCCCAAGCCCCAGAUAUAAAUUGUGAUGUGAUAUGUUUUGUUUUCUCUUAAUUAUCUUCGUAGAUUAUAUUAAUUAUAAUUUACAUAUUUGACUUGAUUUAACAGUUAUAUUCUGAAAGUAAAACAUUAAUAUUAGAUUUUAUAACGAGAUAUAAAAUUAAUGUGCAAUGGAAACUGUUAACAAGUCUCGAACUCCUAGCCGUUGCCGUGAAUGGGAAAGACAGAGACGCAACAAGUUCAAUGAAGCAAUUUCAAAACUAGGGGAUCUUGUUAAAACUAUAAUAAAAGAAAAUGAUGCUACAGGAAAAGAUGUAGAGAACAUUCAGUAUCCAAAAAUUGAAAUUAUACAGAAAGCCAUAUUGUGUUUGGCUAAUUGUGUACAAGAGAAGACUCAAUUGAAGACUGAAAUAUUGGCUCUUCAAGUGAAGCUUGAUGCUCAUGAGAAUAAAAAAAGAAGCACCAGUGAUGCCUCUACGCAAGUUUUUUGUAAGGGACCCAAUAGAAAGAAACAAUAUAGUAAAAAGUUCAUCAUGACAAAGAAAUCAAAAUGUAAUGCAUUGAAAGAAAAAUCUGUUUUAACUACAAAUGUAACAGUAAAUACAAAUACUUCAAAAUUAUUAAUAAAAGAAUCAACACAAAAAGUAUCUAAAGAUAAACUUCCAAUAUUGUUACCUAAUUUGAGUAAAAAUAAAAGUGGACCAGAAAAUACAAUAGUGGUUUUACCAGCUGGACCAUAUAUUAUCCCGCAAAGACCACUUAUAUUUCCAGCUCUUCCACCCACCAUUGUUUUAGUUGAUCAAAACUUACAACCUAUUAAUAAAACACCAAUUCAUAUGGUUAACAGGAGCAAUGGUGAUAUAACAAAGACUACCAUGGUCAAUAUCUUACCAAUAUCAGCAUAUUCUCGGCCUUUGUCUGCUUCUAAAGUGAAAAAGAGUAAUUUAAAAUCUAAAAUUGAAACAACUAAAAAGGCUGUUAAGAAAAGUAAAACUGACGCGAAAAUCGGAAAAAGUAAAGCUGUUAAAGACGAGAAUGUAACUGAUAAAUGCAAUAGAUCUGAAACUAAAGGUAUUGCCGAUAACAAAGACGUUACCCAGAAUAAAAAGCUACCUGAAAAUAAUGAAGAAAUUGAAAAGAUUUCUGUCCUAGAUGUUACAAACAAAGUAGGCAUUGGUCCUAAAAAUAUUGUCAUUAACAAAGAAGAAACUCAAAAAACUGUUAAUGAUAGCAAAAUUAACGUUAAUCGAGGAGAAAAUAUUGAUAAUUGUAAAGAAAUUAAUACUUCAAAAUGCUCACAAGAUACAAUCAGUGCUCCUACAACAAUGAUGGCAUCUUCGUCUUUAGAUGAUUCGUCUACUGUUACUCAAUCUAUUGAGACUACCACCAAAUUCGAUAAAAGCUCUUCUGGAAAGGAGCCUUUGGGAGAAGAUAAAGACAAGGAAAACAAAUUACCUACCAUUUUACAUUCUACUUUAUGCGACACUGUUGUUGACGCUGGAAAUGCUCGUUUAGAAUUGGCCGAAGAAUUUCUAGCAGCUUCGCCUACUGCUGCCUUUUUAAUGUCUUUUCCUUUAGUUAGUGGCAAUAGAGCUGAUAGUCCCGCCGAAGAACCUCAUAGUACAUUACAUACUCAUUUAAAAGAUAGUAAUCCUAGAAGAAUUGAAACUACACAACAUAAUGUUUCCUUUUAUGAAAAACCAAAUUGUGAUGAGACUAAAAAGGAAAUUGAUAAACCUCCAGUACAUCCAACAAUUUUAAGUAAAGAUAAUGAAAAUUCUCAAGACAAUAUACAAACUAAAGAAGUUCGAAGCAAAAUCUUGCCUCCUUCUACAGUUUCAAAUGUUUCUAAUGACAAUCCAUUUUUAAAUCUACCAAUGCCAUCACUAAUAUCAACUAAUUGCACCAUUUCAGAUACUAGUUUUGGUUUAGAUUUUGACUGCAACUUAAAUAAAUCAAUCCCUAAUCCGUCUACAAAUUACGCUACUAGUGGAAACUUUUUCUACAAAAGCGAUCCAUUUAGCACAGUCAAAAGCACUAUCUAUAGUACAAGCAGUAUAUCUUCUGGACAUGAAUUUAAUAGCCUCGGAUUAUACCCAUGUGCAAUGGAAAAAUAUACCUCUAAAAAUAAAACCGAAUAUUCCACUGUUGAAGAUAAUCUUAUGAAAAUAGGUUCAUCAAGAUUAACAUACGACAUUGACUUAGGAUGGUCUCAUAAAGGCUUUGACUUCGUAGGCUGCACUACUGCCGCAAACACCAUUGGGAAAGAUAAUAUUCUGACGACAGUUUCGUCGUCAUAUUCCAAUUGUUAUCCUUUUAAUUCAGAAUUUCAUAUCCCCUUAGUGUCGAAUUCAAACAAGAAAGAAAAUGUUUCCAGCAGCAAGCCUAUCUCCUCUUUUGCUGAUACUAUUACUAGCUUUUACUCUCAACCUACAAGCUUGUGGACGGAUGACGUACCAUUUUAUACAAAUACUAACAUCGCAAAAACAGCAAAGCAUCAUAAUUACUUACAUUUAGACCAUACUCAAGCGAACGCUACUCAUAAAUCCAAUAAUAAACAUUAUAAUGCUAAAAUUACCUCCGAACCUGGUCAAGGCGUAUCAAAAACAAAUGGACCUCAAGCAUCUGAUAAAUAUACAAAAAAAUCGCCAAGUAAAAUGCAUAUAAAUUGGAUGACAUCUGAAAUAAGACCAAUUCAGAAUAUUUACGUCUCAAAUAAUCCAAUUUCAAAAGAGAGUCAAAAGCUAUAUGGUCAAACUGAAGUUAUUAGUAAAAAACAAGAUCCAAAUGAAAGUAACUUUUUCUCUCUGCCUUUGGGUAAUUUUCCUACUCAAAAUACUCUUGAAGAAUUGCAAGUAUGGCCAUCUGCUAGAACAGUUGGGCCAACUGAAAUCAGUAUCGAACCACCUCCUAUCAAUUUGCCCACAUUGGUUGGUGAUUUAGCUCUAGGGCCGCAUGACAAAAAGAAGCAUACUGACCUGUUAAACAGGGGAGUUCAAACUCAAACAGACGCCCAAAAUUGUGGAAACUUCCUUUCUGUUACACAACUAAUGAAUCGUUCUUCUGACAAUAUGGCAUCUCGGUAUCAAGUUCCUAGCGUCGAUCCAUCAAAACCAAUUCAAAAUAAACAACUGUCUUCCCAUUUUACAGAUGAAUCUAGUCUGAAAUCUAUCCAUUCACGCUUAGAAAGUAGAACAGCUCAGCCCUGUUAUGUUUUUAAUGAUCAAAAAGGUGCUAGUUCUUAUGACAAUAUAGCUCAAUAUCCUCAUAACAAAUCUAAAAGUAACAAAAACGACAAAAGCUCUAAAGUGCACAAGAAUAGUUAUUCAGCGGAAGCUUUGAUUCGUGGUGGCACUUGCACGCAGAAAGUUCACGAUAGUAGUACUAUAAAGUUUAUGAGUUCCUCUCAGAAAUACAACAAUUUUAACACUACUCAGGAUAACACCAUAGCCCAAGUUUCGCAUUUUCCUCCCAUGCUAGAUUAUAGUGAUAAUACUUACACUGGACAACAGUUUUCUGGGACCACAUUAUAUAACACUACAAAUACGAUAUCUAAUUCAUUUUACUCGAAUUUUAUGCCCGGAACUAGUAACCUGAUGUCCGGAAAUUAUACGGGGGGACCUUUCCCGGGAGAUUUUAUGGAUUAUAAUCAAACAGCGGAAUGUAAUUACUCAAACCAUAAGUACGAAGAGUUAAAAAUGAGAAAUAAUACAACAGUUUUUUCACAAGAUAAACCCCAAUCCAGUUACAAAGGUUCAAGAAGAGAAUCUGCGGCCAAACACAAGAUUGAAUGUUCGAAGAAAGAAUCAAAUAAGAAGUACCAAAGUAAACGUACGAAGGUAAAUGAGUCUGAGGAAUGGAAUGACCAGUCUCAUAUUUUAUGGCAAAAUAGAUCGUCUAGUAAAAGACAUGCAAAUCCGAUGACAGAAGAACUGCCGUUUCCCAACUAUGUUGGCAAUCAAAUGCCAGGGCAAUAUCAGCCUGAUUUCUUUAACACCCAUUUAAUGCCAACAAAUGUUCAAAGUGUGGGCCACAAUGUGGACCGAUCAUUGCCCGGCUUCCCGGUUACCUCUCGGGCUAACUUUAAUCUCAGCACAAUAUUUCCAGAAAUUACGAUGAAAGUGCAAUAGAAAUUCCGCAUCAAAACAUUGUUUGACGUUAUCGCAAGAAUGUUAUUAAAUCCAACUGUGAUUUGAUUAGUGUAUUUGUUAUUUAAUUAUUUUAUUUAAUUAAAAAAUAUUGUACACUUUUAUUG